UGGGAUUAAGUGGAAGUGUUUUCACAAAGCAGCAACAGAAAUUAGAUUGAUUACACACUGUAACUGACCAGAAGCUCCUUUUGUGUUUGAAAUUUGAAAGCAUUUGUAAAGUGCUUAUGAAGUUCACAAAUUUCAGACACACUUCCUGUUCAGCUCUUUCUUACACAGAUAUUAGGGGAAAUGGAAAUGGGAAAUGGGUAUAGCAUCACUUUAUGGCAGAGUAGAGAUCUGUGAGAGUGAACUCAGGAUGAAGGUCCUCCUCAUCUUCACCCUCUGUCUUAUGUCAGAUGGAGGAGCCUCAAAGGAAGUAACUGGAUAUUCAGGAGGAGGAAUCCUUAUCAAGUGCAAGUAUGAUACAGCAUACAAAGAUAACCAAAAAAAUUUCUGUAAGGGUUCAAUGUCAGUCUGUUCUGACCAAAUAAAGACAGGAGAUAAAAACCAGUGGGUAAAUUCAGGAAGAUUCUCACUGUUUGAUGACAGCAAAUCAUCAGAGUUCUGGGUGAUGAUCAGAGAGCUUACUGUACAGGACACUGGGACGUAUCAGUGUGUAGUUGAUAAAACUUUAGUGAGAGACAUUUACACACCGGUGGAACUGAAGGUAAAAGAAGAUCUGUCCUAUGAAAAGUCCAUCAGUAAGAGUGUCCAUGUAGGAGGAGAUUUAACUGUCAGAUGUAAAUACCCACAAUCCCUCAGGAAUGACCCCAAGUUUCUCUGUGGGGGGGGGACACAAGAUUUUGCUUGUUUUUAUAAGGACUCUGUUAAAGAGAAUAAAAAAUAUUUAAUUAUUGACAAAACGGCCCUGUAUGAUGACAGAGAAAAACAAAUCUUCAAUGUGAGUAUUAGAUCUGUAAAUAAGCAGGACUCUGAAUACUGGUGUGGAUCUGAAAAAGCCUGGACAUCUGAUCAUGGAUACAAGGUUUAUUUCACACGGAUCAACCUGACAGUCACUGAUCUAUAUGUCCCAGAUUCAACCUUAAAACCAACAUGCCCUUCAUCAUCAUUAUUAUUAUUAACAUCAUCAACAUCAUCAUCAUCAUCCUCACUUCUUCGUCUCACAGAUAAAAUCAAAUCCUGGACUACUUCAGCUUCUUCUCCAGCAGGAUUUCCAGCUUCCACUGUGAUCACUGUGUCUGUAAUUCUGCUGCUUCUGAUUGGAACCAUAACUGUCUUUGUGGCUCUACAAAAGAGAAAAAAGUUGCAAGCAGAUUCAGCCUCUACUACUUCUGGCCAAGACCCAGGAAACCAAGUGGUUCCUCGUGAUAUCUGUGAAUAUGAAGAGAUAAAAGACAGCAGACGACUUUCUACCUCAGAUGCUGGAAAUUCCACAAUUUACUCUACAGCUGAACUACCCUCAAAGUUACCCACAAGCCCCUACGAUUCUGCUGUUUACCCUACUGCUCAACUGCCCACAAUCCGCUCUGAUCAGGACAUCUACUCUACAGCUCAGUUACCUACAUGUCCCUCGGCUGCAGAAUCUGAUGAAGGUCUGAAUUACACAUCAGUGAUUUUUCAUGCCAAAUCCACCAGCUCUAAUGAUGCAGCUGCAAAGAUUAUCUUUAAGAAGACAGAGGUCAUGUGUGACUACGAUUCACUUAGUCAUGUUACUUCAUCUGGCUAGUUUCUUAUCAUUAUUACUCCAAGUAUGUGUUGCUGGAACUAUAUACAACUUUGUCUAUUACUUUGUUCUUCCCUUUUUUUUUUUAUUAAGAUGCUCUUGGUUAUUUCCCUUAACCAGUGAGGACGAAAACUUAUCCCUUUUCUAUCUUUUUUAUUGACACUUUCUUCUGGCAGUUUAACAAACAAAAAUUUUUGAUAACUAUCCUUGGACAACCAUUGUUUUUUUUUUUAAUUUAAGACGAUCACAGCUUAAAAUGUACUUUAAUCAGUAACUAAAUAUUAAGCUGUAUUAUAUCAUUGUGUAUUUUGAAAGCAGACGUUCAUUUGUAUGACUGUGGCUGUCUGUUAAUGUGCUUGAUGUUUUAUUUUAUUAAAAUGGCUGUUGUCAGAGAAA